GCAGGCAGCAAGUUAUUUGAACUGUAGAAUCGGCUAGCUCACUCCUCCCCCGCUAUCUCUUUCAGCCGAUUCAUUCUGUCCGAUUUGCGUACAAAUUCGAUUGUUUCUUUCAUGCAGAUGAUCUGCGGAUUCAUGAUCCUCAUCAAUUAACUAGUUCUCUACGAUGCAGGACAGCUGAACACCACUUGUUCGACGGAAUGUUCACAAGGACUGAACCAGAGGCUUCCUGCGACGCCCGCAUGGUCCCUGCGGCGUUCGCGGGAUCGACGCCCUCCCCGGCGGCGGCAUCGUACCUGGGCCCUCGGGCACUGGCCCACAUGACCGCGGCUGGUGCGCUGGCCCACAGCCGGCGGAACCGACCUGCGUGGCUGCGCUUGCAAUUCCAGCUGAGCGCCCCCGUCGCCCUUGAAAUUCCCCUGCCUCGGGCUCGGCGCCCAAACGUAACCGCCUCGCAACGAACACCUGCCUCUGCUCCCUCCUCCCCCCCUCGCCACCGUCCCCCUCGCAGCAGCGCCGCUCCCACGCCACCGUCCGCCUCCGCCCCGGCAGCACCAGCACCAGCUGCGCGGCGCGGCGAUGGAGCUCUUCCCCGACCGGGCUCACGUGCGGCUGCUGAGCCGCGUGCACGGCACGUACCUCCACGCCAACGAGGACGGGUGGAGCGUCUCCCUGAGCCCGCACCGCGCCUCGCUGAACACGGCGUGGGCGGUGCACCGCCUCGAGCACGUCGGGGUCUCCUACGUCCUCCUCCACAGCGCCGCCUACGGCCGGUACCUCGCUGUCCUGCCCCAUCCCUCGCUGGAGGACCAGCAGUUAGGCGUCUUCCAGCGCGUUUACGACACACCGAUACAGGGGGACAUCAUGUGGGAGAUCUUCCCGGCGGGCGACGGGAACGGUGGCGUCGAACUACGUCACACCGUCCACCCCUACUUCGGAUUGCCGCAUUGGACUGUAGAGGCCAUCCCCCCGAGACCGCUGCCGCCAAACCUUCCCGAAGAAAUUCCGAACGGUGUUGAGCAUCCAGUGGUGUUGCGGCGCAUUAUUCGGUAUGUCCGGGCGAACAAUUUUGGGAUCUUCAACCUGCCCUGGAGGACGUUCCGGCUCAAUGGCCGGUCCGUGGUGGACUUGGUGGGCGCCUUGGGAGUCAUUCUGGGUGCGAACUUCAACAACAUCACGCUGUGUGUGAGGGCUGGCUUCCACGGGCGGUUGACACCUCUGGUGAUAGAUUUGCCUAUCAGUGAAGAGCCCAUGGACAUCGUUGUCUUCGUCACUGGUGCGCCAGAACAUUUGGAGUUGCAGCACCCAGAUGUUGAUGCACCAUAGAGGAAUACCACUAUACCAGGGCAAGACUUCUGACAAGGAGCAAGACUUCUGACAACAACACCACAGUUCAUCUCUUCAUGAUCAACACAGUCGCUGUUCGGAUACCAUGAUAAGCGAAUCAGCUGUCCUUUCGUUAGGAUAGCUUCAGAGAACUCAGCAGCUCCUGUUUUUGGCACUACUAGUAGGGUAGAUGUGGUCCGCUGACCACAAACGUUUACAAACUUGUCAAAGCAUUGUGUGGAAAGAAUGCUUGAACAGCUUUGCUGCGCAGUAACAUUGAUUGUAGUCACCAUCUUCAACUCUGUUGCUUGAUAACACGAAUACACA